CUACUGCAGCUGCAGCGGUGAGACAAUCGAUCAAGUUUCGUCUCGAAACUUCCGCGUGUAAGCCUCAGAUGUUGAUACUCGUGAUUCUGCUGGUCUCAGCCUGUUACGGUAAUCCCCCGACGAGUUACGAAUCUAAGGAUGCCCAUGGGGUGUCCCAUAGUAGCCACGUAAAACACGUCCAACAGAGUGCGGGAUCUUGGAGUCCGCAGCAAAAACCCAACGGACCCACGCCACCAUGCACCAAGCACAAAAUCCGUCACGUCCCAUGGUCGCAUCUGCUACCAGUGAUCCUGCAACCCAACGGUGCCGUAAUAGACACUCCCGAAGUUGAACUGGCGAAAGCGGCACACCUCGCGGAACACGCCAAAAUAAAAUCUAGACUGCACAAGCGAUCCAUCCACGCGCCGUCGACUUGGCACGGACCUAUCCACAUUCCGGUGAUCAAAAAUGGUGUACCGGUGGAGACGCCCGAGGUUCGACACGCGAAGGCAGUUCACGCCGCUGCGCACGCUUCUACCCACGCUUCUGGGGUCCAUAGUGGACUGCACGGGGGAAACCGGGAAGCCCGAUACUUGGCCGAGAUCUAUAGUACACCAGAAGACAGUUGGUAUGGGCGGCAUCAACAACGCGUAGUUCCCUUCGAACAGGCAGCGUUGGCCUAUCCCGAGGAUCAGUGGCGCGGACUUUACCAUGUUCCAGCAAGUUUAUACCAUGCGAACGACUCACCCCAUGGCUACUCGAUUGGCGUUUCCCAUGUCAGCCCUGACAUCUACGCCUGGUAUUAA